AUGGUAGUAUCUGCUUAUUCAUUCGUAGCACUACCAUCAGGCUGUACAAUAGUUGAUAUCAGUCAACAUGGAAGCUCAAGCUGGUCGACAGGCUACAAACUUGAAGUUGAAGUUGAUGGUGAGGAGCGAGAAUUCUUUCUAAAAGUCGGCUACCGGCCUCAACAUGCUGAAAUGGCCUUGGGCGAAUUUGAGAGCCAGAAAGCUCUAUCGCAGUAUCUACCGAAUAAUACAGCCGCUCCACUGGCCUGCGGAACUUUCGAGCUCGACCCAAACAAAUCGUUCUUCCUUACGACAUAUCGGGAGCUCAAGGAAAAGACACCGGAUCCAGCACAGCUGGUCGAGAUACUAGCAAAACUGCAUAAUUCGUCCGCUUCACCCACUAAGAAGUUCGGCUUUCACGUCACUACAUUUAAUGGCCAUGUUCCGCUGAGGAACGAGUGGUGCGAUAGCUGGGAAGAAUGGUUCGGUAGACAGUUUCGGUCAGACAUCGAAUGGGAGCACAGCGUUCGUGGACCAGACGCCGAUUUCGAUAGAGUUGCAGACGAAUUCUUUGAGAAGGUCGUACCACGGCUGUUGCGCCCGCUUCAGUCUGGCGGUAGGGCUAUCACACCAGUUCUUGUUCAUGGCGACAUGUGGCAUGGAAAUGCUCAGAUCGACUUGGAUACAAAUCAAGUGAUCUUGUUCGACUCUUGCUGCUGCUAUGCUCACAAUGAGUUGGAGCUGCACAUGAUGCGGCAGCCGCGUUAUCGCUUCACGCAGGAGUACGUAAACAAGUAUAAGGAAGUGAUCCGGCCUUCAGAGCCCGUGGAAGAUUUCGACGAUCGGAAUGCACUCUACGCUAUGGUAAAGCAAGAAAUGGAACGCCUGCUUGGAAAGCACCCAAAUGGUAUUGAUGGGUUCUCAGCAUCCUAG